AUGGGCCACCAUAAUUAUCCCAGAGCUCAGAUGGAAAUACUUGUCCCACAUAUUGCUGUCUCGACAAGAACAGGUAUAAAGACUCUGAAUCUCCAAACAAAUCAAUGGUCUAGUUUGCAGUCAGAUGAUGAUGUUGGCAUUCAUCUUGUCAAUGCUGAGGGACGAUUGUAUGCUUCAGAUGGGAAUGAAUUAUCUUUGCUGCAGGAUGGACAAUGGAUUAGGAAGACCAAGGUUAAAAGAAAGAAAGUAAACGAUAAUACAGUUUAUCUCAAGGGUGGGAUUUAUAUUAUCGGCUUUGAUCAGCAUACAGUGCGUUAUGACAUUGCCAAAGACAAAUGGAAUAGGAAUUUGCCCCCAUGUCUCCUUGAUUAUGGAUUUUGUGCUGCUGCCUCUGGUGGGUUCAUAUAUGCAAUGGGAGGUCAUUCAACACUUAGAGAAGCAAAAGUAAACGAUCCUGAAACAAAGGAAUGGUCUUUCCUGCCUCAGAUGAUUUAUGGGACACAGAAUGGUGCAGCAGUCGUUUUUCAAAGCAAGGUUUACGUGCUUGGUGUCGAAGGUGUUUCUGGUCUGCUUCCUUCCAACUUUGUUCAAUGUUAUAAUCCUGUUGUUCGCUCGUGGACAGAAAUUGCAAUAAUAAAGAUGAAGAGAGAAUGUUUCAGUGCAUGUGUUGUUGAUAAUAAAAUGUAUGCAGUCGGUGGUGCUAAAGGUAGAGGUCUGACUAAGGAUUCUAUUGAAACAUUCAAUGAAUUAUCUGGUGAAUGGGAAAUAGUCUGUGAAAUGGAUGGGCCUGAGGUGAAUUGGGUUUAUUGCUGUAGCUAUGCUCAAUAG